GUGACGCGGGGAGGCGGAAGCGGUGGCGGCCAUGGGGCGGUGCGGGGCCCCCCUGCGCCUGGCCCUGGAGGGGAACAUCGCCGUGGGGAAAUCGACCUUCCUGAAGCUGCUGGGUGCCACCUUCCCGCGGUGGCACCUGGUGACAGAGCCCGUGGCGCAGUGGCGCAAGGUGCCGGCCCCUGGCACUGCCCAGGUGCCCAGAGGUGCUGCCACCUCACCCCGAAUGUCCCUGCAGGUGCCCGGGGGCUCUGCCAACCUGCUGCAGCUGAUGUACCAGGAGCCUGCCCGCUGGUCCUUCACCUUCCAGACCUUCUCGUGCCUCAGUCGCCUCAAGGCCGCGCUGGAGCCGCCGGGCGGGGCCGGGGGCACCCCCAGGACCCCCCAGCCCGUCAGGGUCUUCGAGCGCUCGGUGUUCAGUGACAGGUACGUCUUUGCCAAGCACCUGUUCGAGGCCGGGCACCUGCAGCCCCUGGAGUGGGCGGUGUACCAGGAGUGGCACGACUUCCUGCUGGCACACCUGGGGCCCCGCGCCGCCCCCCACGCCUUCCUCUACCUGCGCGCCACGCCCCAGACGUGCCUGGAGCGGCUGCGGCGGCGGGCGAGGAGCGAGGAGAGCGGCAUCCAGCUAGGCUACCUGAGGCAGCUCCAUGGCCAGCAUGAGCUCUGGCUGGUGGCCAGGGCCACCGAGAUCGGCUUCGCGGCGGCGCGGCGCGCGCCCGUCCUGCUGCUGGACGCGGAGCAGGACUUUGAGCACAACACGGCGCGGCAGGGCCAGCUCAUGGCACAGGUGGAGGCCUUUGUGACGUCCCUGAGUGCCCGCCCUCCCCCCUCUGCCACCCCAUCCCGACCCCCCUGGCACCGGACAAGGGGCGGCGUCCGCAUGAAGACCCCGAGGAGAGGGGACACGGUCCUGAGGAGAGGGACACAGUCCUGGGGAGAGGGACACGGUCCUGAGGACAAGGGACAUGAUCCUGAGGAGAGGGGACAUGGUCCUGAGGAGAGGGACACAGUCCUGGGGAGAGGGGACACCAUCCUGAGGAGAGGGACACGGUCCUGAGGAGAGGGACACGAUCCCGAGGAGAGGGACACGAUCCCAAGGACAUGGGAGACAAUCCUGAGGACAGGGGACACAACUCAAAGGGCAGGGGACACCAUCCUGAGGAGAGGGACAUGACCCCAGGGACAGGGGACAUGACCCCAAGGACAGGGGACACAAUCCUAAGGACAGGGCACACCAUCCUGAGGACAGGGCACACCGUCCUGAGGAGAGGGACACGAUCCCAAGGACAAGGGACACAAUCCCAAAGAGAGGGGACACUAUCCCAAGGACAAGGGACACAAUCUUGAGGACAGGGGACACCAUCCUGAGGACAGGGGACAUGAUCCUGAGGAGAGGGACACGAUCCUAAGGACAGGGGACACAAUCCCGAGGACAGGGAACAUGAUCCCAAGGACAAGGGACACGAUCCCAAGGACAAGGGACACAAUCAUUAGGACAGGGGACACAAUCCUGAGGACAAGGGACACGAUCCUAAGGACAAGGGACGCAAUCUCAAGGACAGGGGACACGAUCCCAAGGACAGGGGACAUGUCCUGGUCCCUGUUGUCCCCCAGCCCUGUCCCGGCCAGGGCCUGGAGCUCUGUGGGGUUUUGGGGUCGGGGGGCUCCCCGUGCCCCCGUCCUUGCUGGGCCCCCGCCUCUGUUUAGGGUGGAUUUUCUGCAGAGUUCCCAUGAAAAUCCCACUGGAAUUUCCCCCCAAGCCCCGUCAUUGUUAUUUUAUAUUUCAAUUUUUUCCCCUUAAAUUAAGAUGGAAUCAAUGAGGA